GAAAUUAACAGGGAGAUCAAGAAAAGGGUGGUGUACCGUAGGCCAUUUUGCAUCUGAAUUUUGAUAUAUGGAAGACUUACAACUUAUCUGUCGAACCUCGUCCAAUACAAAUCUUAAAAAUGGCCAACAAGCUGCCAGAUGUUGGCAAUCUCUCUGCAUGAAUAUAUUUCAUUUUCUGCUAAUUUUAGAUUCAUCCAAGAGAGCCCAAUUUUCCCGUUCUCUUGGAUCUUUCUCUAUGACCAGUUUUGAUGUCAAAUUUAUAUUCCCAUCUCAGUUGAUUUUUGCAAAAUUUCUUGUUUUUUUCUUUUUCUUGCGAUUAUUUGGUAUUAAUUAAUUCAAUCAUUCAUUCUCACAUUGCCGUCCAACCAACAAAUUAGGCCUCAUUUCAUAAAUUUGGGUCGAUGAAUCCGUUUUCAUCAUUCUGUAUUGUUGAUGCAAUAAAUACUUUUAUGUGUGCGAUUCAAUAAAGAUUUCUUUUAUCUGCCCGUAUUGCAAGGAAAAUUCUAGUUUCUUCACAAUAUUUUUUGGAGGUAAUUUCCUGGUGAAUUUUUCGUUAAUUUUUUUUUUCUGAAAUUUAAAACAGAUUCAGAUGAUGAUAUGAUUUAGAAAUCUUGUGGUGAUAAAAUCUAAGAAAGAAUGGAGCAAUUCAGAGAGAUUGGAAAGGUGAUUGGAAGUUUAAAUGCCAUAAUGGUAUUCCAAGAUGAUAUACAGAUUAAUCAGAGGCAGUGUUGUCUAUUGGUUGAUAUGUUUACUUCAGCAUAUAAAACAGUUGCAGAGCAAAUCAAACAGAAUUUGCGAUUUGAAGAAAAGAACACAAAAUGGAAAAUUAUUGAGCAUCCAUUAAAUGAGCUUCUGAGAAUAUUCAAAGAAGGAGAGAUGUACAUUAGGCAGUGUUUGGAAACAAAGAAUUGGUGGGGAAAAGCAAUUUCCCUUUACCGGAAUCAGGACUGCACUGAGUUUCAUAUACAUAACUUGUUGUCCUGUUUUCCGGUUGUCGUUGAAGCAAUUGAAAUGGCGGGGGAGAUAUCGGGGGUGGAUCAAGAUGAAAUGCAGAAGAAGAAGGUUAUGUAUUCAUUGAAAUACCAGAAAGAUUGGAACGAUCCAAGACUUUUUCAGUGGAAAUUUGGAAAACAGUAUUUGGUUUCUCAAAAUUUUUGUAAUCGGUUAGAUUCAGCUUGGGACGAAGAUGGAUGGUUUCUACUCAAGAAAAUUCAAGAAAAGAAGAAGUUGGGUGGAUUAAGUUCGAAGAAUGAUCAGAAACUUGCUGAUAUUUUUUUGAAGAAUUUAUAUGGUUCAGAGACAAUGGAUGAUGUACUUUUACCUUUUGAAACUUUGGUAAGUUCAAAGGAUUAUCAAGUGAGACGACGUUUGGGAAAUGGGAGCCAGUAUAAGGAGAUUCAGUGGUUGGGUGAAACCUUCGCUUUAAGACACUUUUUUGGGGACAUUAAGGUACUGAUACCUGAGAUUUCUAAGGAAUCAUGUCUGUGUCAUCCAAAUAUAAUGCACGUCCUUUGUGGAUUUUCAGACGAGGAAAAGAAAGAAUGUUUCUUGGUAAUGGAACUCAUGGAGAGAGAUCUAUCCAGUUACAUUAAGGAACUCUGUGGUCCAAGAAAGAGAAUUCCAUUUUCACUUCCAGUUGCUGUUGAUCUUAUGCUGCAGAUAGCAAGAGGAAUGGAAUAUCUCCACUCGAAAAAAAUCUAUCAUGGAAAUUUAAACCCUUCUAAUAUUCUUAUAAAAGCCAGGAAUGUUAGUAAAAACGGGGAUUUACAUGCUAAAGUGUCGGGUUUUGGUCUAUCAUCCUCUAUUAGUCUCACACAAAAAGCCCCCAAAAGUCCUAGUGGACAACUUUCUUUUAUUUGGUAUGCACCAGAAGUGCUAACAGAACAAGAAGAGUUGAGCAUUGAGGGAGGAAAUUUGAAGUAUACCGAUAAGUCAGAUGUUUACAGCUUUGGGAUGAUCUGCUUCGAGCUUUUAACGGGGAAGGUCCCGUUUGAAGAUAGCCAUCUUCAAGGCGAUAAAAUGAGCCGAAACAUUAGGGCAGGAGAGAGGCCACUUUUCCCAUUCCAUUCACCUAAAUAUGCAGCAAGCUUAACAAAGAAAUGUUGGCACUCGGAUCCCAAUCAAAGGCCAAGUUUCUCAUCUAUCUGUAGAAUUCUUCGAUACAUUAAGCGUUUCUUAGUUAUGAACCCUGAACACAGCCAGCCAAAUCCACCAAUGCCACCAGUAGAUUUCAGCGAUAUUGAGGCAGAGAUCAUAAGAAGCUUUCCUUAUAUGGGAAAGUCCAAUCUUUUGCCUGUAUCACAAAUCCCAUUUCAGAUGUUUGCUUACAGAGUGAUUGAGAAGGAAAAACCGAAUACAAAUCAGAGAGAUACCUCCGAAUCAGGAAGUGAUGGAGCUUCAGCCUGUGGGGAUGAUAAUGUAAUAGCAGACGAUCCAUUACCAUCACCAGCACGAUCACCAAGACCAACUGUAAAGAAAUGCUUAUCCUCUCCCGACAUGUCAAACAAGAAACUUUCAUUAUCAAAGAAAUCGCUAAGCGUCAAAGCCAAGAAACUGCCAGGGACACCAAAGGAAAGAUCAGUACGGCCUCCACAAAUAACACCUCGUGGACGCAGUAUGAGAAUGAAUUCCGAAAGUCAGCUAAUGUUAACAAGUCCAAAGCCAUGGAGAACAUCCGGUCAUGUCUCUGAUUCUGAGCUCUCCUAGGAAUCUGUAAUAAAAAAAAUUGAUACAGAAACAUGAACCAACUUCCACACUAUUCUUUUAGUUUCAUCAGAUAACUGCAAGCAUUUUCUUAUGUAGUAUCUGGUAUAGUAUAG